CGAAAAAAGAAAAUCUGAUAGUAUGUAUAGUAGUGACCUACAUUUCAAAUAAGAUCGAUAAAAAUAUGAGAUUUAACGUGAAAGUCUUUUUUAAUAGAGGAUCACCUGGUUAUUAAAAUUUUCUGAAAGUGCCAACAGGUGUUAAGGACCAUAACUGUUGACAGAUGGCAACAGCAAAAGAGGACGAAGAUACGAUGGCAGAUGCAAAUGAAGACGGAAAUCUGGGCCAAGCAUUAGAGUUCUUUUGUGGUCCUUGUAAGAACAAUGGUGAACAUGAAGUUCCAGUCAGUUAUUGUGAAGAAUGUAAUGAAUAUCUGUGCAAGCAUUGCAACAAAGCCCAUAGAGGAUUGGCUGCUACAAGAAACCAUGUGGUUAAAGAAAAGGAUGGACUCCUUGCACAACCUGUUGUGAAAAACUGUUCAAUAGAAUUUUCUGAAAAAUGUACAGCACAUCCAAGUCAGGUUAUUGUUCAUUACUGUGUAUCACACAAUGAGUUUUGUUGUUCGCAAUGCCUAUAUCUGGGCCACAAAGUCUGCAAAGAUGUCAAAAGUGUCACUGAUUAUUUCAACGAUUUUGACGUGCAUCAAGAAGAGAACAAGUUAAAAUGCAAAAUGCGUACACUUUCUGAUGAAGUUUCCAAAACGAUGAAUAAAGUUCAGAGAAGCAUAAAGGCUAUAGAAAAUCUUCACCAAGGAGCUCAGACACAAAUGCUAGAAACUAAACGCAUGGCUAUUGAUCACAUUGAACACCUAUAUAGUUCACUUAGUAGGAAACUUAAUAAGAUGAGAGAAGAAGACAUGAACAAGAUUGUUCCGUAUAGACACAAAUGCAACGCCAUUUUGUUUGAUAUGAACACAUUGGAAUCUUACUUCAACGAAAAGACUAAGUAUAGUAAGAACCAACUGUGUUUUGCUAUUAAGAAAGCUGAUGCAAAGGUAGACAUAAAUUUCCAUGAACUGGUAGAAGUAGACUGUGGCGAACAUUUGAAUUUUACGAGGUACAAGUUCAUACCUCAGGAAGCCAUAAAAAACCUACCAAGACAAUCAAGCUCUUUCGGAUCACUUAAUAUUCAGAAUAAUGCAAUUAAGUCUGCUGUAAACAUAAAAAGUUUGCACACCAAAGAUGUGAAAGACAGCAAGAACUGCUGCAUUACAGGGCUUGCUUUGAUAGCAGAUAGCAAAAUUGUUCUGACCGACUUUAGCAAUUCAUCCGUGAAGCUUAUUGAUACCCAUGAAGAUAAAGUGAUAUCAAAAUUGAAGGUUGAGUCAGCACCAUGGGAUGUCACUUGUGUGUCCAGCAAUAAAGUAGCUGUUACUGUCCCAGGAAAGAAAAUCAUUGAAUUGUUAACGAUCGACGAAUGUUCAAAGUUUGAACAUGAACAAAGCAUUACAUGUGCAGGCAAGUGCUACGGGAUAACAAAGAGUAAAGACAAACUGUUAGUUAUUGUCAUUGAAAAUAAUGGUAGAGCUAAAUUACAGGGAUACGAAUCAGAUGGUACAAUUCUCUUAUCAGUUAAAAUUAAUGUCGAGAAUCCGAAAUAUGUUGUAUGUGAUGAUGGUCGUUCAAGGAUAUAUAUCUCCGAUAAUUCUGAAUGGCCGGUCAUCUCAGAACUCUCAAGUGAGAACUUCAGAAAAUUAGGCGAAUUGACGUCAUGUAACGAUGGAGUUUUUGGAAUGGAAAUAGACAAUACUGGGAUUUUGUACUAUUGUGAUUCGAACGAUAAUGAAAUAGAUGUAGUCAAAUUAGACGAAAAAGGAGGAAAUGAAAGGAAAAUACAAAGUCUCAUUUCAGAUAUAAAGCCUAAACUUAAUUGUUUAGCAUUCUGUUAUGAGACCAGUCGUCUUUUUGUCGGGUUAGAUGGAAAUGAAAUAAAGGUUUAUGCAGUGUUUUAAAUAUAUGCACUUGUGUUCUGGUUAAAUAGAGAAAAACAGAAUCCAUAAAAACACACCCCAAACGACUAAAUUGAAAAUGUUGCACGAUCGGUUUAAUUGAACCUGUUCAUAGGCGGAAAUGGGAAGUGCUACCUACCGUCCACGCGCCUAGCACCGGCUGAAGCAUUAAAGUUUGAAAUAUUUUUGUGUUAGUAACUAAAAAAGGAGACAAGAGGAUAAAAAUAUGUAGAUUAACGUACGUUCAACGGAUUAGUUAUUUAACAAUUGAAGUCAGUAUACAGUAUGAACAUGUGUUAGUGCAUAUGCAAUUAAAACAAAUUACUUAAUGAGUAAAUAAUGCGUAUACGUUAAAUUAAGGUAUCUCCCUUAUAUAUAUAAGUAAUAUGUAUAUGAAGAAUAACUAUUACUUUCAUGUAAAUAUGCACAUCACAUGCUUAAAUAUAGAAGCAAUUGUAAUUGAAGAAUACACGUACAUGUUUUUACUCGAGGAAUGUAUUUAGUAGAGCUACUGGAAUACAGUUUAACUGAACAUAGGUUCUGUUUUUACACAACAUAUAACAGUAUAACCUGAAUUUCUAAGGGAAAACAUUUAAUACGAAGAAUUAAGAUAAACUUUUCAAGUUUAACAUAGAAAUAUGUAUUAUCUUCCGACUAUUAAGCAAGUGAACAUUAUUUUAUUAC